AUGGCUUCAUCUGACCCUCCAAAUGCCGCCAAACCUCGGAGACGAUAUGUCGGCACAAAAUCAGCGACACCGUCUCGUCCAGGCGUUCACACAAUGACCAACCAGAUACCACAAGAGUUGCUACAAGAUGCUGACCUCAAUGCGGCCAUCACACAACUUCCAAGCAACUAUUCACUGGAGAUCCACAAAACGAUAUUCCAGAUCCGAAAGAACAACGCAACCAUGGUCGCUUUACAGAUGCCAGAGGGUCUUCAAAUGUUUGCCUGCACAAUUGCUGAUAUAAUCGAAAAGUUCACUCCAGCGCUGACAGUCAUUAUGGGUGAUGUCACCUAUGGCGCUUGUUGCGUCGAUGACUACACUGCAGUCGCUCUCGGAUGCGAUAUGCUUAUUCAUUACGGACAUAGUUGCCUGGUGCCCAUGGAUCAGACGUCGAUUAAAACACUCUAUAUCUUCGUCGAAAUAGCUAUAGACUCUGACCACCUUAUUCAAUCCAUCCGUCUCAACUUCCCCGAUGACCGGAACCGAUUUUUCGAAGGUCUUGUGGCUGGGGAGGAAGAAAGAAGUCAACUCCCCGCUGGGAGCCAGAUAUCACCAGGCUCAUAUCUGCAAAUUGAGGGACCAUCCUCAUCAGGUAGCGCAACUGAACCCGAGCCAACAAGACUGGCCUUAGUUUCUACCAUCCAAUUCGCCGCUGCCCUGCAACGUCUGAAGGACGACCUGUCAUCGGAAUACGAUGGAUCCACUUCCAAUCUGUGGAAAGGGAAAUACGCUGCAACUAUUCCACGAUCCAAGCCUCUUUCUCCAGGAGAAAUUCUCGGCUGUACAGCACCACGUCUUGGCGAUGUCGAUGCGUUGGUUUAUCUUGGGGACGGUCGUUUCCACCUCGAGUCGAUAAUGAUUGCAAAUCCUUCUGUCCCUGCAUUCCGCUACGACCCAUACUCCAAAAAGCUGACUCGGGAGCGAUACGACCAUCAAGAGAUGUACGGAAUUCGCUCAAAAGCUGUUGAAACGGCUCGAAAGAGUAUCAAUCAGUUUGCUACCCACGACCCAAUAAUCGAUGCUCCUCUCUGGGGCGUCAUUCUUGGGACGCUUGGGCGACAAGGCAGCUUCAGGCAACUCCAGGCAAAUCUUGCCAUUACUAGGCAAUUGUCCGAAUCCAAAACCAGUAUUCCAUUCAUGCCGAUUUUACUUUCGGAGUUGUCGCCCGCAAAACUGGCUCUCUUCAACCCACAUAUAUCGACAUUUGUUCAAACAUCUUGUCCUCGACUCUCAAUCGAUUGGGGAUACGCCUUUUCGCGGCCGUUGUUGAGUCCGUACGAAACGGCCGUCGCUGUAGGACAACCCGCGGGUUGGUUGGAGGGGAAGGGUGGCAGCUAUCCUAUGGACUUCUACGAAGCAGGCACUCCCUGGGCAAUCUCUCGUCGUACUGCUGUAUUCCCACCAAAUAAUAUACCUGAGUGA